AUGGCUUCAUUAUACGCGCCCGAAGACAAAGAUAUACAAAUUGAUCCGGCAGAACCUCUCAAGGGCAUCGUUGUCUGCUGUACAAGUAUUCCUGCCGAACAUCGUACCACCAUCGCCGCCAAAGUCUCCGAGCUGGGAGGUGUUCAUAAAUACGAUCUUACUCCAGACGUAACUCAUCUUAUUGUCGGCGACUACAACACCCCCAAAUAUCGCCAUGUCGCCCGUGAACGCCCCGAUAUCAAGGCCAUGGACGCCGCCUGGAUCGAGGCUCUUAGCGAGAUAUGGAAGAACGAUGACGAGAUCAAUUACCGACAACUCGAAACCAAGUAUCAGCUCAAGCCUCUAGAGAAGCGAGGCAUCGACCCUGCUAUUCAGCUUCAACCAGGCGAGGGAGAGGCGGAACAAAAGUCAUUAUGCAUAUGUUUAACAGGAUUCGGCGACCAACGAGGCGAGAUUGCAAAAAAGAUCACAUCAAACGGAGGAGUGUUUACCGGUGACCUAACGAAAAAAUGCACCCACCUUAUCGUCCAUAAACCCGAGGGUAGGAAAUAUGCUGCAGCCAGGUCAUGGAACAUCUACCCCGUCACGCUCGCUUGGCUCGACCAGUCCAUUGCGCGUGGAAUGAUUCUCGAUGAAUCCAAAUUCGAUCCUACGUUACCUCCAGAAGAGCAAGGGAAGGGUGCUUGGGUUACAAGGGAACUCAAACGUUCGUUGAGCAAAAGAUCAAAAUCUGCCAUGGGGAUUGGCGCCGAGGAGGGUCCUAGGAAGCUCAGGAAGACUGCCAGCAUGAAGUUGAGCUCGCAGCGAAAUAGCAUGUGGGGUGACAUUCUUGGACGGUCAACGUCAAGAGACUAUUCCUUCGCGCAAGAGAACAAGUCAGAAGAUGCAUUUCAACCACAAGAUCAGCAGCAGCAACCCCAGCACGAGGAAGCCCAGCCUCAGCCCCAACCGCCUAUUCCACCCUUUCUAGAAGACCAGGGCAUCUUCGCAAAUUGUCGCUUUUACAUACACGGCUUCACCGCGCAAAGAACUUCUGUACUUGAGCAAACGCUCCUCACCCUCGGCGCAAAUGUCUGCAAAUCACUUAAUGAAGCUGCUCUGGGCAAAAUUCCACAAUCCCCUCGGAGCCGCUUUUUGAUCGUCCCUCAAUUAUCCCAGCCAGAUACCCAUCCCCAACAAUCCUACGAUGACCUUUACGUUGUGACAGAAUACUAUAUCGAGAAAUGUCUACACAACAAACAAUAUUUUGACCCCACGGAACAUGUCCUUGGUCGACCAUUCCCAUUCUUUCCUAUACCGGCAUUUGCCAACCUCGUCAUAUGCACUGCCGCUUUCACAGGUAUAGAGCUAAACCAGGUUGCCCGUGCUGCCGCCCAGCUAGGAGCCAAAUACGAAGGAGAGUUUCGCAAGACCACAAGUGUUUUAGUAUGCAAGAACCUCACUUCCACGCGUAAGGAGAAGCUCCGCAUGGCUCUAAAAUGGGGUGUGCCUGUAGUGUCGGCAGAUUGGUUCUGGAAAUGCAUAUCUACAGGAUUCAAAGUGCCCCUUGACGAUUAUAUAUUCCCCGAGAUAAAAAGCAGAUAUUCGGAAACAUCUCAGCCCGCCUCCAAGCCAACGCCGAGGGCUGUCCCUGAAACCCGAAUACAAGGCAAGCCAAUACAGCGCACUCUUUCGGAGCCUGCUUCCAAGCCAACAAAGGGCAACACGCCCAAACCUCCGUCUGCCGCUGGAGUAGAUACCACGGCUUUUGCUCACGAUUCACCAGAAAAGGGGAAGUCCGCACGGAAGACUAAUGCGAAAGCUGCUCCAGUGUCAAACUCUACCAUAUCAGCAGAGUUCGUCACGGCUCGUACACACCCUACGACUGCAAAUAGUCUGCCUCAAGAUAAAGAUUUUGAUGCUCCUCUCGGUAAUGUCCCUCUUUCAAAGGUCCCUCAACCACGCAUGAAUGGAUCUCCGUCACCCACCAAACAGCAAAAGUCAUUACCUCGUACUCGAUCCGACCCCGCCACCAUAAAACAUCAUGAUGAAGAAACGACAGGCCUCCCUUCAGAUCUACAAGACGAUGCCCAAGAGACGAAGCAACAUCAGAAUGCUGAGCAGGCACAUAUUCGUGCUAAAGCCGCCGAGCGUCAAGCUCUCUCAUCAAAACUGACAUCACUCAUCGAGACGACAACACCAAGCAUCCCCUCUUUCGCCUCUGACGACACCGAUCACGCUCCCUCACGACCUCGCAAGCGUCAGCUCUUCGGGCGCGCAAUCAGCAACGCCUCCAACGCCAGCAGUGUCGCUUCACGUUCUGCUGCUGAGCUCCAUGAUGUGUUUGGAGAUGACGACAAGGAGGCAGAUAAUGGAUCUGAACCGCCGGCAACGCAGUUGGAGUACCGCGACGACAAAGCAAAAGAAUGUCGAGCUGCGUUGAUGAGUCGCAUGAUGGGUGGCAGUGGCGAGUUCAAGCCUGCUGCACCUACGCCUGUAGCUCCGACCCUGAGCAUGAUAGGCGGGACGACCCGAACACUGAGAAAGCGAGAUAAGACCGAGCAGCAUGUGUUUGGAUUUAUGUGA